CGGAGAGAGGAAGCGCCCGGGAGACUUAUCGAAUCGUGGAGUCUCCCUUGUCUGUAUCUCAUCUGGGUUCGAGCCGGCGAUUGGGUUUGAAUCGGGGUGAGGACAGCGGUGAUCGUCAGCGGGCGUGGCAGAGGGGGUGAUCAUCGGAUUGGGAGAUGGACGGGCUGGGCGGCGGCGGGUCCUUGCGGAAGAGCAUAUCCGGGAGCAGCGUCUCCGGAAGGAAGAAGGCACCGGAGAACGGGAGCGCGGAAGUUGGCCGGCGGACUUCCAUAACUCGCCCACCCACUACAAGUGGAGAGAGAACUGUAAAAAGAUUACGAUUGUCUAAGGCCUUAACAAUUCCUGAAAGUACAACUGUCUAUGAAGCUUGCCGUCGGAUGGCUGCACGACGGGUUGAUGCUGUGUUGUUGACGGACUCGAAUGCAUUACUUUGUGGAAUUCUAACAGACAAGGAUAUAACGACAAGAGUCAUUGCUCGAGAGCUAAAGCUGGAAGAAACUCCAGUGUCAAAAGUGAUGACUCGAAAUCCUUUAUUCGUCCUUUCAGACACACUGGCAGUGGAAGCAUUGCAGAAGAUGGUACAAGGGAAGUUCAGACAUCUUCCGGUUGUGGAAAAUGGUGAAGUCAUUGCUUUGCUUGACAUAGCAAAAUGUCUAUAUGAUGCAAUAGCAAGAAUGGAAAGGGCAGCUGAAAAGGGAAAGGCCAUUGCAGCUGCUGUUGAAGGGGUGGAAAAACAUUGGGGUACAUCUAUUUCUGGUCCUAAUACAUUUAUAGAAACUCUUCGAGAGCGGAUGUUUAGACCAUCUUUAUCAACCAUCAUUCAAGAGAAUUCAAAGGUUGUGACGAUAUCACCAACUGAUUCAGUGUUAACUGCAACAAAGAAGAUGCUUGAGCUGAAAAUAAGUUCAGCAGUUAUAACAGUUGAAAAAAAGCCUCAGGGGAUUCUGACUUCAAGAGACAUUUUAAUGCGUCUAGUUACCCAGAAUCUUUCUCCAGAGUCCACCCCAGUGGAAAAGGUCAUGACUGCAAAUCCUGAAUGUGGGACAAUUGACACGCCAAUUCUUGAUGCUCUACAUACCAUGCAUGAUGGGAAAUUUUUGCACCUACCUGUUGUAGACAGAGAUGGGAACAUUGUCACAGUUGUUGACGUUAUACAUAUUGCUCAUGCUGCAAUAGCUACCGCAGGAAGCAGCAGUGGUGCAGGAAAUGAAACAGCAAGUGCCAUGAUGCAGAAAUUCUGGGAUUCUGCUUUGUCCUUAGGACCCUUGGAUGAUGAUGAUGAUUCUCGAAGUGAAGGGUCUAUGAAAGUGGCAUCAGAGGCCACAGAUACAGUAAGAUCUGCCUUCUAUCCACCUUCAGGCUUAUCUACGACCUUUGGUUUCAAGCUUGAGGACAAACAGGGCAGAAUGCAUAGAUUUAACUGCGAAACACAGAGCUUGACGGACCUUAUCACUUGCAUACUCCAGAGGGUUGGCGAUGAUAUCGAUAGAAAUCAUCUUCCGCAGAUACUUUAUGAAGACGAGGACCACGACAAAGUUAUCCUUGCAUCAGACAGUGACCUUGCAGCAGCAGUGGACCAUGCUAGGCAAGCUGGUUGGAAGAGCUUAAGGUUGCAUUUAGAUUACUCGGGUUCGGGUCACAGGAAGAAGGGUCGUGGAUCGGGAUCGGCAGGCUUAGAGCAUGCGCACAAGGAUGCAUGGGCAGCUGCAUACAGCACAGUCGCCGCUGGAGCAGCACUAAUUGCUGGUAUUGGAGUUAUGGCAUACUUGAAAAGAUCAGCAUCAUAGAUAGAUCAGUCCCCAUUCCAAACAUUCUAUUGCAAUAAUACAUUUCACCGACAAUUUUAUCGAAAGAGUGAGCUUGGCAGUGUAUAAAUAAGUCUUCCAUGACCUGUAAGGCGCAUACGUACUUGCCUAUUUUUUAUCCUCAGCACACAUGAAAUCUUUGAGAAUGUGUCACAAAUCUCAUUCUUUUC